UAUAAAGUCUCGCGGGCGUCAAGGAAACAGCGUUUGCUCUCGUUCUACGCUUGGUGAGCGAGUUUGUGUUUCUUCCUCUGCUGGCGCGUUGAAGGAACGGCUUGACCCAUUGUGUCCGAAAACUCUGAGUGAGUAAACCUGUUGUUUUAAUCAUGUUUAUCAUAAAGGAGAUGCUUGGUCGUAAGAUUCGCAUUUACCAUAGUAAAUGUGUUUUAGGAUUGUUCCGGUUUUAAUAAUCGAGGUGAGAGCAGAGUGCACUUGUCAUUUUGCGCUUUGUUACGACCACUGGACGACAUCAAAACCUUCUUUGGCAAGUGGCCAUCGUUUUUUUCCCCACCAAACUUGGGAUUUGGUUGUUUUGUUUUUUUGAUUUGUGGCAUUCAUUUUGCAGGAUCUGCCUGUCUUAUUUGAAUGGUAUAGUGCUGUAUUGGGAGGCCUUGUUUGAUUUGUGUGUUUUACGUAUAAUGGUUUGAUUGGGUUUGAUUUUUAUUUUCUUUAUAUUUUUUUGAUUGGGUUUGACUUUUGGGUUUGUUUUUCUUCUUCCUCCCAUGUGGUAUAUUUCCCAUUUUAGUAUUCUAGGUUGAUUUGGGUGUUAUUUUGAGUGCCAUUCUUAUGUUUUCUUUUGGGUUAAAGUAUGAUUUCUCUGUUUAAUUAAUGUGAAUAUCAGUCUAAUGAUUGGUUUCUCUUAUUGAAUGUUGUUAGAUUUCGAUUUGUUUGGAGUGUUAUUUCUUUUGGAAAUUAAUUUGGUUUACUUUAAAUCCAUUCAGAGUGGUGUUUAAUUGUUGUAAUUAGUUUAUUUUUUUAUUGGUUUCUUUGGUGUCAUGGAUGGUUUUACCAAGUCCUUCUACUCUUAAGAGAAGAUAAAAUUUUGCUCAUUCUGGAAAAUAAAGCAACCCUUUUUGUACUCUGGCUUCUAGUUCAUUUAUUUGAACCACCUGUGUGAUUCAAAGAAAAACAAAAAAAGAGAUUAGAUCAUUGUUAGGGUCCCACGUCCUAGAAUUUGUGAGUGGCGUAGUCAAUUUCGUCGACUAUUUUAUAACAACCAGCAAGCCUAGGUCACACUUGGCGUAGUCGGCAGGGUCCCAUACAUUAAAGAAGCCUGAGUGCAAAUGGUUGUAUUGUUCUAGAGUGUGUAUUUUGUGGGGUGGGGAAAGAAACGGUGGUCGCAACUGGCCGAGAAUUUAAUUUUGUUACGAGCGGUGAUCCUUAUCUAUCAUCAGUUGUCUUCUGGUUUGCUUUUGUGUGUAUGUUACAGAUUGCUAUGGAGGAACAACUUAAAGUCUUGACAGAAUUGGUACAACAAUUGCAGACAGAUAACCAGCAACUUCGGCAAGAACUUGUAAGGAGGCCUGUUGAGGUUGUUGAUGAGGCUCAAUCUGCUAGUUCUAGACUGGAUGUUGGUGCCCGUCCAUCUGUUAACAUCUCGGCAUCUGAACGUUAUGUUUAUGUUCCACGUGAAAGAAAGUGUCCCAGGUUUUCUGGGAGGAGGUCUGUUGAUUUGUUGACGGCAGAAGACUGGGUUGAAGAAGUACGUAGGUCUUUGAUCGUUCGGCCGGUUCCAGUGGCCGAGAAAGCUUUGUUCGUCUAUGAUCUUUUAGAUGGAGAAGCGAAGGCUGAAGUAAAGUUUCACCCAUCUAGCGACCGGGAUGAUCCUGAAAAAAUCUUUAUAAUCUUGCUUGAGAUGUAUGGUUGUUCUCAGUCUUUGGUUGGUUUGCAGAAGCAGUUUUUUCAACGUCGCCAGCUAGAGGGAGAAUCGCUUCGUGAAUACUCGCACGCCCUCAUGGCUCUAAUGGAGGCAAUGAAACGUAAGAACUUGACAGGCAUUUGUAACCCCGACCACACCUUACGUGAUCAGUUUAUUGAACACAUGCGGGAUAAUACCCUUCGUAGGGAGCUGAAACGACAGGUACGGUUGAAUGCUGAGAUGUCGUUCCUAGAGGUUCGUGCUGAGGCUAUACGGUGGGCAGAUGAGGGAGGCACUCCUAGUAUAAGACCUCGAGCUCAUUCUUGUACUGCAGAUGUUCAGGUGGUGGGUACGUAUAGGUCAACUCAAUUUUCCUCUGAAUCCACUAAUGAAUUGGGUGAGCUUAAAGAUUGUCUCCGUAAGCAACAGACGCAGUUGGAUGCUAUUUUGAAGCACUUGAGUAUAAAUCCAUCAAAUCCUGUAGGGGGUGCUGUAGGCUCCCGGCCUGUUUCUGCCCGGUUCCAAGCCGACGGCAAGCCAAUCUGUAUGCGUUGCAAUAAAGCUGGCCAUAUUGCAAGGUUCUGCAGAUCUGACUUGGCAGGCAUGCACGUGAAUGUGAGAGAGGGUGUAGGAAUUGGUCCGGGACCGUCAUCCCAUGGGCAAGGUCGAACGGUUGUACGGGAAACCCCCGAGCAGCCGGAAAACUAGCACCCUCUGGUGUUGGGAGCUUGACACCAGAGGGGGGUUCUUCUGGCUCUAAAGGGGUAUUUGAGGAAGAUUGGGUCCAACUUAUUGGGCAGUGCCCUAUAGUGGAAGUUUGUUUUGGGGGGGUGAAAACUCCCUGCUUACUGGACACGGGGUCUAUGGUGUCAAUGGUCACAGAGAGCUUCUUUGAGUCUGCAUUUCCACUGCAUAUUAGGGAAUGUUUGAAACCUUGUAGCUGGUUGCGGUUGAAGGCUGCAAAUGGGCUGGACAUUCCCUAUUGUGGCUACUUGGAGCUGGAAGUCGAGGUUUUGGGUAGGAUCCUCCCUAAAAUGGGGAUACUAAUUAUGAGAGAUCCACUAGAUCCUCUUAUACGGCAACAAAAGCUUGCAGUCCCAGGUCUCUUGGGCAUGAAUGUUUUGAAUUGUUGCUAUCAAGAGCUUUUUUGUCAACACGAAGAGCG